AUGCCGGGAAAAGAGAGUUUAGAAGAAGAAAAAAAUAAGCAGUUGGAAGAAAAAAGCAGCGAAGCUUCCAAAACCGAGGAUAAUAUGGCGACAAAACGUAAACACGAAUCAAACGAAGAACACGAAGAGAUUCCCGAGAAGAAACCAAAAGAAACAAAUGUAGAAGAAAAGAAUGAAGCAGAGAAUGAAGAGACGAACGAACGAAUGAGGACUAUAGAUUUGAAAAAGGAUCAAGGCGAAUCACCCGUCAAAAAACCUGUGAAACAAACGGAAGAGAAAGUGGCGGAUGAAGCAAGUCCCUCAAAGCCUGAAGAAAAAGCAAGUUCAGGAGAAGAGGAACCUAAAAACGAAAGUAAAGAAAAAGUAGAUCCACCGUCGAAAGCAAGCCCCAAGUUUUCUAGUUUCUCCAAGUUUGCAUCCUUUUCUAACUCAUCCUCUUCUCCGUUCGCGUCUAUAUCAAAUUCGCAAGCACCAGAAAAGAAAGAAGAAGCCUCUCCUUCAAAAGCACCGUCGUUUGGCGCAAAAUAUGCGAACCUUAGCAUGAACGACAUCUUGGCGAGCACCAAGCAAACUAGCAAAGAGGAAGCCGCGGAUGAGAAGCAACAAAGUCAGAAACAAGAAAAGAAAAGUUUUGAAGAAUUAUUGGCAAAUGAAACUCCCAGCGAUUCAGCUGCAACCCCUGAAGCUACUGAGGAUGCAUCAGCUGGUACGAAAGCUGAAACAGAAGGGUUAUCUGAUAAAAAUGGCGUUCAAAUUAAUCAGUUAAGUGAGAAUGAAAUGAUCACUGGUGAAGAAAAGGAAAAGACUCUUUAUAGCAUUCGUGCUCGAUUGUAUGUUGUUGACGGAGAAAAGAAGAUAUGGAAGGAGCGUGGUCAUGGAGUUUUAAAAGUGAAUGUUCCUCUCGAAGGAUCUGAAGGAGCUCAUCGUUUGGUCAUGCGAAAUGAUGCCGUUCACCGGGUCAUUAUGAACGUUCCUUUAUUUCAAGGAAUGUCUGAGCAAGCAUUCCAGAUUGCUUCAGCAUCUAGCGGCGGUUUCGCAAAUUAUGUGAAGAUUUUCGUAAUUGAAAAUGGAAAGUCCGUUUUAUACGCAGUCCAUGUCAAAGACAACGAGUCGGCGAGCCAACUCAGAGAUCAUAUCGUGGCAGCCAUUCCAAAGCAAGAUAAAGACAGCAAGAAAGAAUAG